UUAACAUUCAAAAGUUUAAAUCUCAUCAUUUAGAACAAAACAAGUUCAAAUAUAAUACAGCUGAUUAUGCUAAAACAAUAAAACGAUGUUGACAAAAGGUAAAAAACAAGAUAUUUUGAACAUUUUUACGAACUUCGACAAGAGACGAAGUACUAAAUGAGAGAUAACAACGACAAAAAAUAAGAUAAAAAAUUAACCAAUCCCUCUCUAAGCACCUCAUAGUUUUGCUCUGCUCCAAUACCUCAUAAAUCUGGUGAACAGAACAAUCAUUAACUUGCAGUGGUUCACCCUCUCUCUCUCUUUAUCUCUCUCUUAUCUCUCUCACUUAUCUCUCUAUCCUAUGAAUACGCAUUUUUCACAAGCAUAGUCAGAGAAAAGAGAAAAACCCAAAAACUCAAAACCAUGACUUCCAACAGAAGCAACAUCUUGAAUCAUUUCAUCUUCCAUCUUCUUCUUAUUCUUCUCCCUACACUACUCCAAGCUCUUAACACAGACGGUGUUACUUUACUCUCUUUCAAAUAUUCCAUCAUCGGUGAUCCUCUCUCUGUUCUACGCAACUGGAACUACGACGAUGAAACACCAUGUUCCUGGACAGGUGUCACCUGUACAGAGCUUGGUAAUCCAAACACUCAAGACAUGUUUAGAGUCACCAGCUUGGUUCUUCCAAACAAAGAGCUUCUGGGUUCUGUUUCUCCAAGCUUGUUUUUAAUCCCAAAUCUAAGUAUCUUAGAUCUCUCCAACAAUUUCUUCCAUGGGUCACUGCCGGAUUCAGUCUCCAACGCUUCUCAGCUUCGUCUUCUCUCCCUCGGAAACAACAACGUUUCCGGUGAACUGCCUCAUCGUAUCAGCAACGUGGCUAGUCUCCAGCUCUUGAAUCUUUCCGCGAACGCAUUCACCGGAAAAAUCCCUCCCAAUCUCUCACUUGUCAAGAACCUGACGGUUCUUGAUCUUUCCGCAAAUCUCCUAGACGGAUCCUUUCCUCCAGAUUUCGAAGGAACAAGUCUCCAUUACCUCAACUUAUCACACAACCAAAUAUCCGGCGGGAUUUCUCCAUCCUUCGCCGAGACAGUUUCAGCAAGCGCCAUUAUCGAUCUCUCCUUCAAUAACCUCACAGGAUCAAUCCCUAGUACACCACCAAUGCUUAACCAAAAGACCGAGUCUUUUUCCGGUAACCUAGCAUUGUGUGGUCUGCCAUUGAAGACCCUUUGUUCAAUCCCUUCUACUCUUUCAGACCCACAAAACAAUUCUGAGACUAGUUCACCGGCGAUAGCAGUCAUGCCCGGAACAUCACCUCCAACAAAGCCUUCACAAGAAUCACCAAACCAAACAACCAAGAGCAAACUAAAGCUAAGCACCGUCGUCGGAAUCACAGUCGCAGAUAUAGCUGGCUUAGCUAUCAUAGGCAUGUUUAUCCUCUACAUGUACCAGCUCAAGAAACGCAGAAGCUAUCAAGAGUACAGUACUUUCAAAGUCUUGAAAGAUUGUCUUGAAAAAAACGAUACUUUAUCCGUAAAGAAACCGAAACAGAGCCUAUUCAUCUCAGAGAACAUGAAAACAGGAUGGGGCUCGUGCGUAAUCGGACGGUACGACGAGACAUCGGAAGCUAAUAGCUCCGAGAGUGACAUAGAGAACCAGAUUCAAGACAAGAAGACCAUUGAGGCAUUUGAUCGAACAGAAGGUGCGCGAGUGAAACAGAGCAAUGAAACUCAGCUAGUGACCGUCGACGGAGAGACUCAUCUGGAGCUGGAAACUCUACUAAAGGCAUCGGCUUAUGUACUUGGAACAAGCGGAAGCGGGAUCGUGUAUAAAGCGGUGUUAGAGAGCGGCGAGGCUUUUGCGGUGCGGCGGAUCGGAGCGGAGAGUUGUACGGCAGCGAAAUUGAAGGAAUUCGAGCGGGAGGUUCAGGUAAUCGCUAAACUUCGGCACCCGAAUCUCGUUAGGGUUCGUGGAUUCGUUUGGGGGAAAGAAGAGAAGCUUCUAAUCUCCGACUAUGUUCCAAAUGGAAACCUGCAUUGCUCUUCCAUCUACGCAAAACCAGGUUCGUCUUCUGCAUCUUCACAAAACUCUUUCUCUUUUGAGGCACGGCUCAAGAUAGCAAGAGGGAUAGCUCGAGGAAUUGCUUACAUCCACAAGAAGAAGCACGUGCACGGCAACAUCAACCCCAAGAACAUUCUCUUGGACUCCGAGUUUGAUCCCAUUAUAACAGAUAUGGGCCUCCACCGCAUAAUAACUGGCCCAACGUCGAGCUCGCAGAACAAUCCACCAGAAUGGUCUACAAACCAGAAACCAAACCCCAAUUGGGACGUCUAUUCCUUUGGUGUCAUACUCCUAGAGCUUCUCACAGGCCGAGUUUUCUUGGUCGAUCAAGAUUUGGUUCGUGACUCCAAGGCUGAUGAGAAAAGUUGGUUCUUAAGGUUGGUCGAUGGGACAAUUAUGGCUGAUGUGGCUCACUGCGAGGAUGAGGCAUUCGCAUGCUUUAAGUUAGGUUAUGGUUGUGUAUCUUCCUUGCCUCAGAAGCGACCGUCCAUUAAGGAAGUGGUGCAAGUGCUAGAGAAAAUGUUUUAGGUGUUUAUCAAUUUAGACUAGUUUGUUAUUUUCCUUUUAUAGAAAUUAGAAAGCAUAAGUUAGUUUGUUGCAAUGCAAAAUGAUUACUUUGGUUUGGAUUUGUUGAUUACUAUUUUCUUCCGAUAAAAGUGUCCUGCUUCUGCUUGGUUGCUUACUGUUUAUUAUAAGAUUUUGUUCUAAC